AUGGAGCCCACGGAGAGGCAGCAUCUGAUGGACGCCAGACCCGGAGCCCGGUCUUACACCGGAUCUCUGUGGCAGGAGAGGGCUGGCUGGAUCCCUUUGCCCGCACCUGGUCUGAACUUGCAGGCCAUUGAGCUAGCCACUGAGAGCAGCCAUUACUGUCAUGCCCAGAAGGGUCCUGGCAGUCACUUUGACCCCAAGAAGGAGCAGGCCCGGCGACAGCUUUAUUUGGCCUCUGCCAUCUGCCUGCUCUUCAUGAUUGGGGAAGUCGUUGGCGGGUAUCUAGCACACAGCUUGGCAGUCAUGACUGACGCGGCCCACUUGCUCACUGACUUUGCCAGCAUGCUCAUCAGCCUCUUCUCUCUCUGGAUGUCCUCCCGUCCAGCCACCAAGACCAUGAACUUCGGCUGGCAGCGAGCUGAGAUCCUGGGAGCCCUGCUCUCCGUACUGUCCAUCUGGGUCGUGACUGGCGUGCUGGUGUUCCUGGCGGUGGAGCGGCUGAUCUCUGGGGACUAUGAGGUCGAGGGGGGCACCAUGCUGAUCACAUCGGGCUGUGCUGUGGCCGUGAAUAUCAUAAUGGGGCUGACUCUUCACCAGUGUGGCCACGGGCACAGCCACGACACAAGCCAACAGCAGGAGAACCCCAGUGUCCGAGCUGCCUUUAUCCAUGUGGUUGGAGAUUUUCUGCAGAGCUUAGGCAUCUUGGUGGCAGCCUAUAUUUUAUACUUCAAGCCAGAGUACAAGUAUGUAGACCCCAUCUGCACCUUCCUCUUCUCCAUCCUGGUCUUGGGGACAACCUUGACCAUCCUGAGAGAUGUGAUCCUGGUGCUGAUGGAAGGGACCCCCAAGGGUGUGGACUUCACGGCUGUACGGGACCUGCUGCUGUCCGUGGAAGGGGUGGAAGCCUUACACAGCCUGCAUAUUUGGGCGCUGACCGUGUCCCAGCCCGUGCUGUCUGUCCACAUCGCCAUAGCUCAGAAUGCAGACGCCCAGGCCGUGCUGAAGGCAGCCAGCACCAGCCUGCAGGGAAAGUUCCACUUCCACACCAUGACCAUCCAGAUUGAAGACUACUCCGAGGACAUGAAGGACUGUCAGGCGUGCCAAGGCCCCUCGGACUGACUGCCUGGCCAGGUGC